UAGUCGUUAAAAACGAACCUGAAGAAGUAGUUGACCAUUCCAAAGGUGAUUGGAUGAAUUAUAAUAAACCAAGACCAACCUCUGCUGACAAAGAAAUGCCUUCAACCUCUGGAAUAACAUUAAAACCAAAAAUUAAAGAACAACGGGAUGAUAACAACUACUCAAUUGAUUAUGAUAAAUUUGGGGUGAAAAAAGAGUCAAAAACGUCGACAGAUGAGGAAGACAAUUUUGAUGGAGUCGAACUGAAAUUUGAAGACAAAGAAGAAAUGUUAUUUGACAAAGGAUACAUCCUAACUUUGCCACAAAGAUAUUUAAACAUACCUGCCCAAUAUUUUGGACCUAAAAUCAACCAUAGUGAUGAAGAAAGUGACAAUUCUGAUCAUGAAGAUGAAAGUGAAGAUUUGUUGUGUAAUAUUAAGGAAGAAGGAAGGGACAGUGACUUUUCUGGAGAAGAUGGUAAGGAUUCCUCACACAAUGAAGACAUAGAAGAAAAAUAUGAGGAUGAAACCAUGUUUGAGGCUGAAUAUCAUGAUGAAUCACUGACCAACAGUGAAAUACUGACGGAAAUAGUCCUCCCAAAAGCAGAAAAAGAAAUUGAAAUAAAUCCAGAAUCCAGAAAUGACCGGGAAAAAUUUUUAAAACCAAGAGUUAACAGAGAAAAGUUUUUUAAAUGUGGCAUUUGUCCCAAGUCAUUUCAAACAAGGGGAGGUUUAUUUAAUCAUAAAAAAAUGUUUCAUAAAAAAGACAAUCAGGAGCAAUUUAAAUGUGGGGAAUGUGAUUAUAAAACUUUAAGUGAAGGUAAUUUUACUAGACAUUUAAAAAUUCACGAUAAAAAAGAGAUUUUACAAUGCAAUUUAUGCGAAUUUAAAACUUCUGAAUUAAUUAAUUUAAAUGGGCACAUUUUAAAUAGGCAUAAAUCAGAAACUAAAAUUAAAGUAACAAGUAAAAUGCAUCAGUGUCCUAAUUGUUCAUAUUCGACUGCCAAGAAAUCACAUUAUGAUGACCAUACAAAAAUAUGUCAAGAAUUGAAGAAUGUCAAGUGGUAUGAAUGUCACGUUUGCAACUAUAGAACUAUUCAAAAAAGUUGUUUAAUCAGACAUAUAAAAACGCAUAAUAAAGUUAAAGAAUUGACAUGUUUGUUUUGUCAAUAUCAAUGUGAUAAAAAAUCUAGCUUGGACAACCAUAUCUUACUUCAUCAUUUACAUCUGUUAAACGAAUCCAAUCAAAAUGUAAUCACUGCCAAAGUCCAUCCUUGCGUUCAUUGUAAUUUUAAAACUACAAUAAAAAGUCAUUUAAUACGCCAUUUAAAGAAUAAUCAUUUAUAUUAA